AUGAAAAGUCUAAAAAGGAAAGGUAGUUUGGAAGAACGAGAAAAGAGGCACGUAGGACACAAGGAGCAGUUGGCUCGGGAACAGCGCUACCUAAGACGGCGGUUGACGCAGCUAUGCGCCACGCCCCGGGAGGUGACGCGCACGCUCUCCGAGAGCUCGAUGACGCACGCGCACGCAACGCGCGCUGACUCGCUAUCCUCUUUAGAGUCCUCUUCCGGAGUAUCGACUGCGGAGCGGUCGCCCUCAUCAGUCUCUGAAAGUGAUGAGCGGCGUGGGAGUGCCGCGGCGACGACGUGCAUGCUCGCCUCGCGUGACGUCACUCGCGACCCACGCGCCCCACGCGCGGCCACGGCGCGCAGCUCGCUCCACGAGGGUCUAGGUGACCGGAUGGCGGCGCGGGCCGAACACGGAGCCAACAUCGGCUCGCCGCUAGACGUUACAACUUCUUAA